AUGCUGAGUGAACGAACUCCCACGUCAACUACAAGCUGGAACAAGUCAGGACAUGUCGCUCAGAUACUACCAGCCAACCUUUUACUUCUCCUUGGAGGAUAUCCUCGCGAGUAUAAGGUUAUGUUCCCACGUUACCUGAGUCACAAUGACUUAUUUAUUCAUUAUUUGGAAAGUAUCAGCAAGUGA